AUGCCAUCGUGGGCUAUCACAGGCGCCUCCCGUGGCAUCGGGCUGGAAUAUGUCAGACAGCUAUCUGCAGAUGUGGGCAACCAAGUUUUCGCCCUCAUCCGUAGCCAGCCAAGCGAGGACCUCAGUAAACUGGAUUCCGAGAGAAAAAAUCUUCAUGUAAUCAAGGCCGACGUCACUGAUACUCAAAGUCUCUCUGAGGCGGCUACCAAGGUGGGAAAGUUGACUGAAAACAAACUAGACGUGUUCAUCAGCAACGCAUGCCACACUGGACUUGACUUGAGGUUUUACCCAACCUCAGCAUUCCUUGGAAAAGAGAAGGAGCUCAAGAAUGAGAUUGAUGCCCCUAUGAGCGUCAACCUUAUUGGGGCUAUAAACUCCAUCAAUCGUUUCCUUCCUCUGAUUCGCAACGGCGAACUGAAGAAGAUCAUCUACAUCACCUCCCCGACAGGCGACGCUGAAUUCACUCGUAAGUGUGGCGUCACCGUCACCAUCGGAUACACCGCUACGAAGGCUGCCAUGAACCUUGUCAUGUCAAAGUACGCUGCCGAGCUCAAGGGAGAAGGUAUCAAAACUCUGGCCCUUAGCCCGGGAUGGGUCGAUACAGAUGGAACUCGGGAUAUGGCCCCGACGCCAGAGGUCUUAGAAAUGGCGCUGCAAAUGUUUCAGAAGGUCAAUCCGGAUCUCACCAGGUUGCUGUCUCCGGAGGAAUCAGUGAGAAUGCAGCUUGACGUGAUCAAUAACCUGACGGAAGAGCAAAGUGGUCUAGCAUUAUCUCAUCAUGGGAACCACAAUUGGAUGUGA